ACUUUCCUUUUUAUUUAUUAAAGCUGUGUAACUCUUCCUUUUAUUGUAAAACAUUGCAUUAUUCCCAAUGUUGCCUUUAAUUUGAGAAAGCAAAACAUAGUCCAUACAUUACAGUAAUAUUGCACUUCAUAUUUUUACACCAUCUUUUAAAUGUUUUCUUUGUUGCAGUAUAUGGAGCGUGAAUUGUAGUGUUAGAUUCCAGACUGUCAGUUUAGUUGCAAGCGCUACCGACAAUAAGUAAAAAUGGCACUGACGGUGUUCGAUAAUGAUGACUACAAGCCGCCUAUAUGGAAAUCAUAUUUGUAUCAAUUACAACAAGAAGCUCCACAUCCUAGGCGAAUUACCUGCACAUGUGAGGUGGAGAACAGGCCAAAAUAUUAUGGGAGAGAAUAUCAUGGUAUGAUUUCACGGGAGGAUACCGACCAGCUGUUGAGUGUAGCAGAAGGAAGUUACCUGAUCAGAGAGAGCCAGCGGCAACCUGGAACAUAUACUUUGGCUUUACGAUUUGGAAACCAAACUCGAAAUUUCCGCCUUUAUUAUGAUGGAAAGCACUUUGUUGGAGAGAAGAGGUUCGAGUCUAUUCAUGACUUGGUGACAGAUGGAUUGAUUACCCUGUAUAUUGAAACCAAGGCAGCAGAAUACAUUGCCAAGAUGACAAUAAACCCAAUUUAUGAACAUGUAGGAUACACAACUCUAAACCGAGAGCCAGCACAUAAGAAACAUUUGCCUGCUUUGAAGGAUACGCAAGCUGAGAAGGAGUCAGCAGGAGAAGAUGGAAUGGUGCAGAAGAGGCUCACCUCUCUUGUCCGAAGAGCCACUCUGAAAGAAAAUGAACAGACACCGAAGUACGAAAAGGUUCAUAAUUUCAAGGUUCAUACAUUCAGAGGUCCUCACUGGUGUGAAUAUUGUGCCAACUUUAUGUGGGGUCUCAUCGCUCAGGGAGUGAAAUGUGCAGAUUGUGGUUUGAAUGUCCACAAGCAGUGUUCUAAAAUGGUGCCUAAUGACUGUAAACCAGACUUGAAACAUGUUAAGAAAGUGUACAGCUGUGACCUUACAACACUAGUAAAAGCCCACAACACAAAGAGACCAAUGGUAGUGGAUAUGUGCAUUCGUGAAAUUGAAUCAAGAGGUCUUAAAUCUGAAGGCUUGUACCGAGUGUCAGGAUUUAGUGAUCUAAUUGAAGAUGUCAAAAUGGCAUUUGAUAGAGAUGGGGAGAAAGCAGACAUUUCUGUGAAAAUGUAUGAAGAUAUUAAUAUAAUCACAGGGGCACUUAAACUUUACUUCAGAGACUUGCCGAUUCCAUUAAUCACAUAUGAUGCCUAUUCAAAAUUCAUUGGAUCAGCAAAGAUCACUGAUGCAGAUGAACAGUUAGAGGAGCUCCAUGAAGCACUGAAGAUACUCCCACCAGCACACUGUGAAACAUUAAGGUAUCUCAUGGCACAUCUCAAAAGAGUGACACUACAUGAGAAGGAUAACCUCAUGAAUGCUGAGAAUCUUGGAAUUGUUUUUGGGCCGACCCUAAUGAGAGCACCAGAACAAGAUGCUAUGGCAGCUCUCAAUGACAUACGCUAUCAAAGACUGGUGGUGGAAAUGCUUAUUAAAAAUGAAGAUAUUUUAUUUUGAAGAUUAUUGAAGAGACUGUAUUCUUUGCUUCGGCAGAUUGUAUUAAUUUAAUCAGUCUUUGAAACUGAAGCUUUCUUCAUUAAUAGUUUGUAUGUACAGGACAGACCAAAACUAUGAAGAAAAGUUUAUAAUGUUUUAAUAAAGUAUUUAAAUAAUCAAAUUAAACAGUAACACUGUAUGUUACUAGUACUACAGUGUGUAUAUCUUGUAUUAGAAAAGAAAGUUGCAUGAUUGUCUCCUCGUUUUUGUCGGGGAUGUUUUUACAAGGUUAACCACUUAUUGUGCAGUACAUUUCGUUUUGGUCAAUCUUUAAUUGUAAUUUAGCAUGUUUCUGGUUAAUUGUGAUGAAAAUGAAAGUGUUGUGAAUUUUUUGUAACGUCUGCCAUAACUGGUUUAUAGUACUGAAAUAGGCAGACUAUGUGAAAUACAAAACAUAGAUUGUAAAUAGGUUUUGGUUUAAUUUCUUACCUCUUUUGAUUAGUUUCUGCUACCCUGACAUCCAUGUUUGGGAGAUUUUUUUCCCUAACAAACAUAUUAACGUAUUUACACUGAAUGUUAAAUAUCCAAAUCUUGUGUUGCAGAAUACUGUACAGACUGGAAUCAUGUUUAGUUAACUUCUGUUGUGUUACUUUGAAUUUAGCAUGCAUAUUGUAAUUUAUUAAAUCUGUAUGAAGAAAAAAAAAGUGGGUAUUUUUUUCAGAUAAUGGAAAUGGAAACUAUCUGAAUCAUAUUUUAGAACUGCUGAUCACAACCUAGUUCUCGCUUCAUAACCAAGCAGCAGCAUUCUGCAGUUGGAAAACGGAGAGUAUCUAAUUCUGAAGAUAAAACUAGUGCUAUUAUUCCUAACAUUUUAAGUUGUUAGAUGGAUAAGGUUUCUGCCCUAUACAAAAGCUGAAUGAAUCCUCUUUAAAAUUCACACAGAUAACAUAACAGUUCUGUGCAGUUACUGAUUACACACCAAGAGUGAGGCCUUGUCGUUAAACAUACUCAUCAGAACCUUCAAGACCGAGAAUCUUCUUAAAACAUGCAGACCGAGCACUAGGAUGACUCAUUGCAUAUCUUGUUUUAAAGAAUUAGAUGGAAUUCUGUUGUGUAAAAAAAUAUAUAUAAAAUGUUACAAAUUGUAUCAUUUCUCUGGAGCCAGUAACAUUUAGCCCUUCUGCUGUAAAGGUUAUGGGUUGCACAUAAGGACUAGACUGUGCAAAGUACAUACAUAUCAUGUGAUAUUUGGAGUAAAAGUAGACUUUUUGGAAAGUCAGACAAAACUUAGCUGUACUACUGGUACAGUACAGUAGUUCAUUAUUAAACUUUGGUUUCAGA